ACCUGUCUGUCUGUCUGUCUCUCUAACCUGUCUGUCUGUCUGUCUGUCUCAGGUUGGUUGGUGCUCGGCGUCAGUCGGCUCAGGUCUGCUGUGAUUCGUCCUCGGUUUGAUGAUGAGUUGAAGGAGGCGGAGCCUCAGGACGUCACUGUCCACCGCCGCUUUGUCUCUGACUCCGCCUCCUUGUUCCUGAUCUACUUCCUGCAGCUGGUCGUCAUGGCGAUGUACCUGAGCCAGCACCAGCUGAAGCUCGUCCCGCUGCUGACCGUUGUCUUUGCCUUCGGACGGCUGGUCUACUGGGCGGCGGCGGCGUGCGGAAGCAGCGUCCGGGCAUUCGGUUUCGGCCUCUCCUUCCUGCCGAGCCUCGCCAUGAUGGCCGCCAACAUCUACUUCCUGUUCGCAGUGGAGGCGGAGGGGUCCAUCUUCAGCCCGGGGGGGGAUGAGCCGACUCCGCCCUCCCUAACCCCCCCCAGCAGGCAGCGGUUCUGGGGAUGACAUCAUCAUUCACCUGACACAUAUAUUCUGUUUCCGUUUUUUAUGUUGAUAGUUUUAUUUUGAAGGCGCUAAGCCCCGCC